CGAUACCCGAGCACACCAAGAAAGAGCCAAAAAAGAAAAGGAAUAUACAAUUUGGGUUUGGCAUAGAGUACUGAGAGCUAGAGACAAUGGAGAUGGCACCAUGGAUUAGAGUCCUAAUGUUUUUAGCUUGCUUGUUGUUUCCAGCGUCAGUAGAGUGCAUGGUUCGGCACUACAAGUUCAAUGUGGUGCUGGAAAAUACAACUAGGUUGUGCUCAAGCAAACCUAUUGUCACUGUGAACGGACGCUACCCUGGUCCCACUCUAGUUGCCAGAGAGGAUGACACAGUCCUUGUCAAAGUGGUCAACCAUGUGCAAUACAAUCUCUCCAUCCACUGGCAUGGGAUCAGGCAAGUACGAACUGGUUGGGCAGACGGGCCGGCAUAUAUAACCCAGUGCCCGAUUCAACCAGGGCAGAGCUAUGUGUACAACUUCACCAUCACUGGCCAAAGGGGAACCCUUUGGUGGCACGCACAUAUUCUCUGGCUAAGGGCCACCGUCCAUGGUGCCAUAGUUGUCUUGCCCAAACGUGGUGUUCCUUAUCCUUUCCCCAAACCCCACAAGGAAGAGACUAUUAUAUUAGGUGAAUGGUGGAAAUCAGAUGUGGAAGCCGUCAUCAAUGAAGCUUUGAAAUCUGGCCUAGCCCCGAAUGUCUCUGAUGCUCACACCAUCAAUGGCCACCCAGGACCUGUCCCCAGCUGCCCUGCACAAGGAGGAUAUACAUUGCGAGUUAAACCAGGAAAGACAUAUAUGCUUCGAAUCAUCAACGCUGCACUGAAUGAAGAACUCUUCUUUAAGAUUGCCGGCCAUCAACUCACUGUUGUCGAGGUUGAUGCCACAUACGUGAAACCUUUCCAAAUAGAAACCAUUGUUAUAGCCCCAGGACAGACCACGAAUGUCCUCCUCACAGCCCACCGUGGCGCAGGAAAGUACUUGGUUGCAGCCUCACCUUUCAUGGACGCACCCAUUGCAGUAGAUAACGUGACUGCCACUGCCACCUUACACUACUCGGGUAGUCUUACCAGCACUGCCACCACUCUCACAUCAACCCCUCCAAAAAAUGCUACCUCGGUAGCAACAAAUUUUACAAAUGCACUACGAAGCCUGAAUUCAAAACAAUAUCCUGCUAAUGUCCCUUUAAAAAUUGAUCAUUCCCUUCUCUUCACCGUUGGCCUUGGUAUUAACCCUUGCCCCUCAUGUGUUAACGGAAGCCGUGUUGUGGCCUCUAUUAACAAUGUUACUUUUGUUAUGCCUAAAAUCUCUCUACUUCAAGCCCAUUUCUUCAACAUAAGUGGAGUUUUCACUACUGAUUUCCCUGGAAACCCUCCUGUUCCAUUUAACUACACAAGCACGCAGCUAACAAACUUUCAGACCAAACAAGGAACAAAGCUGUAUAGACUUGCUUAUAACUCCACCGUGCAGCUUGUCUUGCAAGACACAGGGAUGAUUACCCCAGAGAACCACCCUGUUCAUUUGCAUGGAUUCAACUUCUUUGAGGUUGGAAGGGGAUUGGGGAAUUUCAACCCCAAAAAUGAUACGACAAAAUUCAAUCUUGUUGAUCCUGUUGAAAGGAACACAAUUGGAGUUCCAUCUGGUGGAUGGACAGCUAUAAGGUUCAGGGCAGACAAUCCAGGGGUUUGGUUCAUGCAUUGCCAUUUGGAAGUGCAUACGACUUGGGGGCUGAAGAUGGCAUUUGUUGUGGACAAUGGCAACGGCCCAAAUGAAACUCUUCUACCACCUCCCAGUGACCUCCCCAAGUGCUAGAGAAAAUCGAUGAAGCCUGGAGAAAUAGCUGAAAAAACCAGAAGACAUGGAAAUUUUAUUGAGCGGCUGACAGCUAAUAAGUAAUAAGAAGAGUUCUUUUUGGGCAAGCCAAGGAAAGUUGCUCCACAUUGAAUAAAAAGACAGCUGAAAUUCAUUUCCCUUUUUUUUUGUUCUUAAUUUGGUUUCCAUAAAAUAUGGCCUGCAAGUUUGAGCUAUAAAGUUGUGCAUAUAUGCUGCUAAUUUAGAGGUUUCCAAAUGUUUAUUGUAUUCAUAAAUCCUGUUUGAAAUGAAGCUUAAUUGCUACUUAUUGUUA